GCGCCUUAUCUCCCAUCAAUGCUCCAUGGCCGUGCGACUGUGUCCUCUGCUCCCCUUGCCUGGCUCCGAGCUACCACCUCGCAACGUUACUGGCAACCUGCAGCAAAUGUCAGCUUUUGCUGUUGACCGCUUUGAAUGUCUCGUGUGCUUGGGCCUGUUCGUGACCUUGAGCAGUUCAUCGAGACCUGUUGCGUCUGUAUAACGCUGAGCGUUUGUGCCUCGUAUCUUUACAGCCUGGAACUUCAAAGACGUUGUGGUAGAGGAUGUAAUCCCUUCAAUCGGUGAGAAGAGAAGAAACUUGACCCAGGUUGUCGCACGUUCAAGCCUUCCAGCAAGCAAUAACAAGAUUGACCUGGUUCUGGUCUCAAAUCUCUCUACCGUUGCGCACUGAACUAGCCAGUGAGGCUCCUUAAUAAGGAUGGUAGGGGUAAAAUGAAGCAGCCACGGCUGUUCCCAUAGGCAAAGAGGCAGGCUCCAUUCUUUUUCUCAUGGGUCCAAUGCCAGGGCACCGGUUUAUGAGUGCAUCCCCACGAGAGACACAAGUCUGACAAGGUAUCG